AUGAUAAUUGAACCCGGCAAUGGAUUGGAUUUAUUAGCAUCAAAAGAUUGUUCUUCAUACUACGAAAAAGAUUUUAAAAAUCAGAAUAGCCAUGAUAUUAUUGAUAAAUAUUUAAAAUAUACACCAAAUAACCCAUCACCACUUCGAAAAGCAUUAGAAAUAUAUUCAGAUGUGGGGUACGAUGGAGAAAGUAGCGGUUACAAUUUUAGUGACGAUGAAAUAGGUUAUUUCGAUGACGAGCAUAACCAUAUAGAGACGGGCGGCAAUAAAAAGAGGAAAAGAAGAUAUAGAUACAGUUCAGAUGAGGAAAGACUUAAAUUAUUAACGAAGCAUAUAGAUUAUCAAGAUCAACCUGUUAAAAAAAGAGAUAUAAUUAAAGACGUUAUAUUCAAAAUUAAUAAAAGAAUUCGAAAAAUAAAGAAAUGUAUAUAUUGCAUCGAUUUUUUUGUCAUUAUGGGGGCAAUGAAGGUUAUACUUUCACCUUCAAGAUUAGGAAUAUUAAUUUCAUCGAUUUUAUAUGGUAUUAAACUACGACCAAACGGAGAAGAAUCCAAAUAUGAUAUAUAUUAUAAUAGUACAAGUAAAGUACGAGUCUUUGAUAACGGACAGCAUAUUGAGGAAGCCUAUGGUAGUCAACUAAAUAAUAAUAUUGACGACGAGAUAGAAAAUUUGCUUUAUAAUGAUUCGAGUUCAUAUCAAUUAUACAAAGAGUACGGACUUCGUUCAAGAUUAGUAAAACCUCCAUUAUUAUCUAAAAAGUUAUUAUCGGACAAUAACUUAAUUGAUGACCAAAAUAAUUUAAAAAGUUAUCACGGUGAAUCUGAUUCAAAUGUUAUUGAAUUUCAUCAAAAUGAAGAUGCUGCUACUACUAAUAAUAAUAAUAAUAAUAACAAUAAUAAUAAGACUUUAAAUAACAGAACAAGUAUACAAUCUAAGAGAGACGCGAUGAUUAUUGAACAACAGAAACAUAGAAGAAAACGAUAUGAUUUAAAUCAGGAUAUUUAUAAGUUGCCAUCACCAUUUUUUAAUAAUGGACAUUGUAAACCAAAAUAUUAUUCAAUUUACAAUUUAACAUACAUUUCACAACUUUUCAUCAACACGAUAAUAUCAAUAUUUAUAAUAAUGAUUAUAUUCACUGGAAUUAAAUUUACAAUUAAGAAUGAAAUAUUAGAUAAACUUUCCGAUACGAAAUUAAAAUUAUCAAUUGAAUCAAUUGAAUGUAUUAAAAAUUAUGAAAAAAACCAUUGUGGAUCAGGUAAAGUUAAAGCGAUGAUGAUUGAAAAACAUUGUCUUAAUUGGAAAAGUUGUAUAAACAAUAAUAAAGACUUUUUCCACAUAUGGCAACAGUCUGGAAUUAAAUUGCAUUUAAUAAUAAUUAAUGGAUUAAAAAUUUAUUCUUAA